AUGGCCACUACAACCGAUAUCCCCAACGACCUCCCCGAGAUCAAGCGCUACAUCACAACCCAUGAUCCUGUCACAAAGAAAGCCAUCAUCUCCCAUGCCAUUGCCCCAGAGCACAGAGUCGAUCCCGUCCCCGCUGCUGAUUUCCGACUUGGAUACGUCACAAAAGGAUUUCCCGUCGAAUUGAACAACGACGCCGACCUGCAAGUCUACAAGCCAUACCUGGAGAGUGCUCCAGGCCUCGUCGUUUCAGGAGGUACCGUCCUUCGUUUCGUAGACAUAAUGCCUGGCUACAUAUCGCCAAUGCACAGGACUGUGUCGCUAGACUAUGGCGUAGUCUUGGAGGGCGAGCUGGAGUUGGUGCUGGAUUCGGGAGAGGUGCAGAAGAUGAAGCGAGGCGAUGUUGCGAUCCAGAGAGGCACAAUGCAUGCGUGGAGGAACCCGAGCCCCACAACUUGGGGGCGGAUGAUGUUCGUGCUCCAGGAAUGCAAGCCGGUAGUACUCGAUGGAGAGGCUUUGAAGGAAGACUACGGUACCAUGGAGGGCGUUCCGCCGUCGACGUAG